UUCAUGCUGAGUGCAUUCCGCGUUACCAGUGGAAAAAAACUUUUUUGGCGGUCUCCUCUGUUUCCUUUCAACGCAGAAGCGAUCGAUUCCGCCAUGGGAGGAGGCAACGGGCAGAAGGCCAAGAUGGCUCGCGAGAAAAACUUGGAGAAACAAAAAGGCGCCAAGGGAAGCCAGCUUGAUUCCAACAAGAAAGCUAUGACUAUUCAGUGCAAGGUAUGCAUGCAGACAUUCAUGUGCACGACCUCAGAGGUGAAAUGUAGGGAGCAUGCUGAAGCAAAACACCCAAAAUCUGAUGUUUUCGCCUGCUUCCCCCAUCUUCAAAAGUGAAAAAUUCUACAUCAAACUGCAUUACUCAAUGUGGGUGUUUAUAUAUAGAACAUAAUUUAUGAAAUUUGUAGUUAAGAGUGUUGGUUCUGAUCUCUGCUCAUACAACUGUGACUUUCUUUAGCUCUGCUGCAAUGUUCUACCUGUUUAGUCUCUGUAUGCCCCUCUUAACCUUUGAAAGCUCUAUCAAUCAAGUGGUGCAAUGUGAAUGAUUAGGUCUGUUUGGUUGGAUC